GGUGACGCGCGUCGUCGGAGGGGCGGAAUGAUUUACGAGUGGAGUGUAGCGAAAAGCAGAAGUGAAACAACAAACAAGUUUAUUCCUGACAUGUUUGACGCGAGAGAAAGGAAGCGUGUUAGUGGUGAAGUGUGGACACACAGCAGAGCCGCGUCACGGCGGGGGCGUGGCUAAGCCGCGGGAAAAUCGCCUUCUCCUCCGUCUCGCUGUCACAGACCUCAGUCCGACCCGAGGCGCGCGGGUGGACGGAGCAUGGAAAGCGCGUUGCUGGUGCCUCUCCACGUCACCUGGCUCUCCGUCUGCCGGACCCCCACCACUGUCUCCAACUAUGGGCUGCCUCACUGAAGUUGUGCCGCCUGCGUGAGACAGAGCUCCGACGCCCGUGGAGAAGCGAGGCGGGAUGGACAGUUGCGACACCUGCUUGCAGCGUUUGUGUUUCCUGCGGAGCUGAGCGCUGCCCCUCGGCUGAGCCAUGGAGCAGAGCUGUCGUUAGACGAGCGGCUCGCUGCUGCAGUGUGGAGCGUCACAGUUGUGUCACAAGCUUCUCGCACGACUCGGUGGAACGUCUUGACUGAAAAUGGCUUUACCGGACGGAGGCCUGUCCGGGGAGGAGGUUCCCUUCCCGGAAAUCAUCGAGCUGAACGUGGGCGGUCAGGUGUACAUCACGCGCUACUCCACCCUCACCAGCGUGCCCGACUCCCUGCUGUGGGAGAUGUUCAGCCGGAGGUCCGUCAAAGCUCUGGCCCGGGACACCAAGGGCCGCUUCUUCGUGGACCGCGACGGCUUCCUCUUCCGCUACAUUCUGGACUUCCUGCGGGACCAGCAGCUGGUCCUCCCCGAUCACUUUCCGGAGCGCGGCCGCCUGCAGCGGGAGGCCGAGUUCUUCAACCUGCCGGAGCUGGUCAAGCAGCUGGCCCCCAAGAUCAGCAAGCAGAACUCGCUGGGUGAGGACGGCUGUCCCAGCGACCCGGAGGAUUCCUCUCCCGGGACUGAGGUGUCCCGGAACCUGGGCUCUCUGGGGGCAGCGGCCGCCUGUGCCAGCCUGGUGCCCGGCUCCGUGGAGGGCAAAAGGUCGGGCUUCAUCACCAUCGGCUACAGAGGCUCCUACACUCUGGGCCGCGACAGCCACACCGAUGCCAAGUUCCGGCGGGUGGCCCGGAUCAUGGUGUGUGGGAAGACCUCGCUGGCCAAAGAGGUGUUCGGGGAGACCCUGAAUGAGAGCCGGGACCCCGACAGACCCCCCGAGCGCUACACCUCUCGCUACUACCUGAAGUUCACCUUCCUGGAACAGGCCUUCGACAAGCUGGCGGACGCGGGUUUCCACAUGGUGGCCUGCAACUCCACUGGGACCUGCGCCUUCGCCCACGAGCAGACCGACGACAAGAUCUGGACCAGCUACACUGAAUAUGUGUUCUACCGUGGUGCGUCUGCAGGAUAUCAUGCCCUGAGCUUGGAUGAUCCAGGUGUGAGUGUCUCGGUGGGGUCGUCCACAGCACCUGCCCAGUCCUCGGCCCACAGCGAGACAGCAGCCGUGUCCCAGCAGCUUCCUGCCACCCCUCCUCUGCCUUCUCCUCCAGCUUUGUCUCCGCCCACCCUGCCGCCCCGCCUGCCCACUCAGAAACAGCUGUCCGCCUGCACCCCGCCUCCACCAGCGCCACCCAUCAUGGACAGCUCUCAGCGUCCGAGCACCCUCACCUUAAAGACGCUGCCGCGGCCCUCGGUCAGGGAGAACGGUGGCCCGCCUCCCGGCGUGGAUGAGGAGGAGGAGGAGAGGAAGAUGCUGGAGGAGGAUCUGAAGAAAUGCAUCGAGGACUUCAAAAGGAUUCGCAUGCCGGAAGUGUUUCCCGAUCGUAAGAGGAACUGGCAGAAUGACUUGCUGAAAAAGUACAACGCCUAGAGAGCUUCGCUGGGGCACCGUGGAGCGCCAGCGGCUCCUGCCUCAAUGUUUACGUCUGUGCGUGCUCUCACUGUGUUUCACCGAACACGAUUCACUCACCAGUAAUCAGAUCCAAGUGGUGCAAACCUCUCGACCUCCUCAUGUGAGGGCUUGUCCCACUUAAAACACCUGGCUUGAUAGUGCAGUCGUUCGGACAAUGAGUUGGUCGCUUGUGCUGGGAGGAAAGGGCUAUUGACAGCUGCUUGUAUCUUGCUUGGCUUAGCUCCACAUAGAGGACGCCUCUGUCCGAGGAACCACUGGUGUGUUGGUGUCCAACCCAGAGCAUCAGCCUGAUGCUUGUUCCUCAUGUGAAAUCCACGGCUCUCAGUGGCGUCUCUCCGUUUAAUGCCUUGUUGCAGCUCAUGAACAGCAUCUGUUUCCCUCCUCAGUUUAGUGGACGGGGCUAAUAUUCCGCUGCUCUAUGGUCUGGAAUUGUUUCUAGUUCGCUCAUAGCUGAAGUGGCCAGGGAAAGGGACGUGUAGCUACCCCCAGGAUUUUGCCGUUUAACUUUGGCAGGCUUGGGCCAACUAUCAACAGUCGGAUUGGGGACGAAGGCGCUGACAUUAGCAUGUUUCCCUUGACACUUGUCAACGGCUGCUUGUUCCGAUCCUGAUCUCUCGCCCUGAACCGACCCCUUUCUCAUCGCUGCUGUGCAUGAACUGGAGGAGCAUCUUCAGUUGGACGCAGACUGUUGAGUGUGAGCUUGCACUGUGCACACUGAAGCAACUGGAAGAUGUGAAGACAUGAAACAUCCAAGUGUUUGACUCAAGAGGGAACAAUGAAAUCCUUGGUCCUCAUCGUCCAAAACAUCCCGCAUCAACAGUAUUAACUAGGCAAGUUGAAAGCGCAUUUUGCGGUUGGCUUUUGUGAUAAAGUCCAGAUUAUCUCAGCGUGGCGACGCAGCCCUCAGUCACAGCCACUGAUGUGGAGCAGUGGUGAGCAGAGCUGCUGCAGGAGUCUCCCUCCUCCGUCUCCCCGCACGUGUCGGCGGCGCCUGAACACAUGCGACAUACAUACUUAUUUAUAUUGAACCAGACUCUGGAACCUUCCAUUCUUGCUCCCUUUUUGUCGUGUGCAAAAUCAACCAUCAAUUGAUGUGAAUAUUAUAAUGAAAGACGAGUGUUUGUAGCCAAGUCAGAUCCUAGCGGAAUGAACCUGUUGCUUCAACUUGACCUGCUGUGCUUAGAGCUGCCUGUUUGUGAAGUCCAUGAUCUGGAGAGUCCUCGCACGGAACCGUGCUCCACACUGACCUUGGAAUAAAGAGAUAUUUUUCCAUCUUCACUUUGUGAUGAUUGGAGCAGAGUCAGAGGUGGUUGGUCUCACAUGAAGGCCAUCGGAUCCGAUGACAGGGCAGCUACAGGAGACGGGCCCGGGUUGCAGCCUCGCACCACUUUUCUGGCCUUCUCACACGUGCAACCUUCUUCGCCAAACGUUCUCGUUCUCACCAGGUUCAUGUCUAUAAUGCCAUGCAGGGGGUCAGGGGUGGGGCAUCUGAAUCGCCAGUCAUCUUGCACACAUGGCUCACGUGAUGUUUACGAUCAAUGGUGAAACAGUGAAUUGUUUGUUGUGUGCUAGUUCAACACCGUACAUCGGAGACCUGUGCUGCCUGCGGCCCCUCACGCUCCGCCCACCCUCCCUCACAGCUGAUGUCGUACCACGGGGGAGGCAACAGGAGUUGCAGGAGGAACAGCCCCAGAGCAGCGGUGCGUACUCCAGCUGGAGUCAGCUGCAUCACCCGCCUCACCCAUGUCAGACGACAGAGACACUGCAGCGAGUCUGGAAUUGAAUCCAUUCAUUUUUAAACAAAUGACAUUUUCAAUGAAAGGAACCGUUGAUAUUCAAGGUCAAAGCUUUUGGAUCACUGAACUUGAUUCUUGUGCGUGUGAGCUUUGAACUUCCCAAGUGAAAUGAGGCAUUUUUAUUCACUGAAUGUGAGCAGGACUGGAAGAAACCUGUUUUGCAUCUGUGUGCUGGAACGAAGUCGUCCGUGAUGGUUCAAGUCAUUCUUCCAACGUCAGAUCGAUCCAUAUGUUUCCGUCCAGCUCUUGGUGUGCUGUGACUCGCCGUGUCUUGUUUCUCUCUCUCUCUCUCUGUCCGAGCUGCUGUUGACUCAUGGACCAGUCCACGAUAAGGUCAUGUGUUGAUCGCCAGUUCUAUCUUGUUUACAUCCCACAAAUGAAGUAGCUCCAUCAGACCGACCGCCUGAAUUCCUCCUGCUUUGUGGCGGAUUAUCAACAGAUUACAGUGUGUCACACUGAAGAGUCUCUCAGCAGUGGGCGCCGCCGCUGAUAGAGGAAUCAAUAGACCAGAUUCUGCUUUGUUACUCAUGACAGUUUGGCCUUGUCAGCGCUUUUUCCUCAUCAGUCUGGACAGAAUUAUGGCAGGCUGCGCUCUUGUGUGCGGCCAGUGGCCACAGGGGGUCAAAGCCACGAGAAGACACUGAGGAGUUGAGAGCAGAGGCUGAGGCUCUGUGGGGUGAGAGGUCGCGCUGAGGUUCCCCCACCGUCUCUGUCGUGUGCGAGGGAUGAAGGUGAAGUCAGUGGGACAGGAGCCGUGGCGGGGCACACUCCAACUCUGGAGCCCCGGAGGUGAGACACAUUCCUCAGGUUUUCUCACUUCAUUUAGAGCUUCCAUUCAGACCGUGGUGCCAGUCAUUAGCGCCUGGGCGGUGAGACGCAGCAUGAGCAGGAACGGGUCAGCGAGGAGGGAAACUGGUGUGCCUCUCUGGCAUGGCUCACUGCUCCCUGCUGUCACCUGCUCCUUCCUCUCCAGCUCAUCCCUCCCACCUCCUCAGGAUGCACCACAAUAUUGACGUAUGAAUGGCACUUGAAGGAGUAGUUUGGAGUUACAUGCCACUCAGCCUCAUGUCUUUCUGGGGGGGAGCACUGCAGCCUGCCACGCAACAGUGGAGCUGACACGUGGGACCAGACUUGGCAAGUGUGUUUCUCUUCUGCAGGUCUCCCUCCACCUGCGACUUGUUACGGAUGCUCUCUGAUGAUGUGGCCUCUGAAGUCGACGGGGCUCAGAACUUGAACAGAGAGAAUUUGAAAGGACACAAGUCAGGAGGGAGCAGGACUCCAGUCUCUGACAGAGACAAGAUCAAAAGAUCAAACCUCCGACUCACAACUGUGCUGAUUGUCAGUGGGAGGAAGUCCACAUUGAAUCUUUCUCCUCCAAAAAGAAAUGCGAGCAGUGGAAGGUGCCUCACGGUGACGUGAUGGACCCCACAGCUUCUUCUGAUCACUGUAAGAUCAGGAGUGAGAGAGGACCAGCAGAGGGAACAAGCCUCCGGCCCAGGCUCAGAUGCCGGCACCUUAUGUGUGCGUGGAGGCUCGGCCUGCAGACCUCCUUCAGAUGCUGCCUUGCAGUGAAGUGCUACCACACUUCUGUGUUGUCAGCAGGAGUUUCACCCUGGAAGAUGAACUUUGUCUGCGAGCUGCACAUGGCGGCUUCACCGGAGAGCAGAAGACUGAGGCCUAAUUCUGAUGCCUGGUGUGGAGUUGCAGUCAGUGCCGAGCCAGCGAGAGGGAACUUCAGCAGGCGCUCAAUUAUCCGGGUUUGACCAAUGGAGAAACACGGUGGAGCCGUGGAGAGGUGAAGGGAAUUGGAGCCUGAGGCAAAUGCAGGCUCUUGAUCAAGGACAAAGACGUUCAAUGAUGAGGCAGCGUUUGAUGUUUCAUCUGGAGCCUGCGGAAUAGAUUUGGUGUGGGAGUCCUGAAGCCUCGCAGCAAGGCUUGGGAUUGAAGCCAGCCUGAGGCAACCUGGAGGUGAAGCUGGUCCCCUGCAGCACCUCUCACCGAGAUGAGCCCCCCCCCCAAAAAAAAGAAAUCUAAAAAUGAAUAGCAUGAAUUUAAAAUAAAGAUUGCAAUGAGACAUUCCCUCUGACUCUGCUGCUGCUGCCCUCUGGAUGUCAAGAUGCACCAGAGGCUCCUUAGAAUGAUUUUAUUUUUUACUUGAAUAAUUCUUCUAUGGCUCUUAUCCCACAACACAGUUCGGAUGGCCGGAAUCCUCUCAGGUCAUGUCAGAAACCCUCAUCCUCAUCAGUGACGGGAGGUGUGUGGGAAACUUCUCUUUGUCGCCGCUGAAGCGUGAGCUUUGGCUCCAGUCGCAUCUUUUCUUAUUCCAUCUUUUCCCCGCCAGCGCUCCACAUGAAUCCACCAUCAUCCAGCUACUGUUGUGGCUCUUGUGUGAGCGUGUCAUGUGGAGAGCCCUGAGGUUACUUGAAGGUUCUUUCAGUAUUUCUAUCCCCACAGUAUGUGGAUCUCUUACAACCCAAGUGCUACAUCAGUUGAGCCGACGUGGACACGCACUAGUGAGGCCAGAUGGGUGUACGGACGGAUGGAAAGUGGACAUGUUUGAAGCCAGGUCACAUGCUUGCCUGACG